UAUUCAGUCUGAAAACAGCGGUCAAGUCGUGUCGGUUCGGUUCGGUUUUACAAAUAAAGUUGCAAAACGUUUUUGUAAAUAUAUUUUAAAUCUUGUAAUUUUUUCCUUGCGAUACUUUAGCUAAAUAAAUACAUAAGAAUAGUGAAAGUGAAAAAGUCUACAGGAUAUAUUUUUAUUGGAUAUACCUAGAAACAGAUCGCCCGUUGCGGUAUGAAUUCCAUCAUAUCGUUCCUACUCUUGGGGACGAUUCUGUCACUUUGCAAUGGGUAUAUUGUUGACAUUCGACAAAAACGUAGCAUUGAUCUAUCUGCGUCACAUGCUCUCAUCCCAGAUGCUCGCCUCUCCAAAGACGUCAUUCCAACCUCUUACAUUUUGAAUUUGCGCCCAAAUCUCGAGGAGAGUACCUUCGAAGGUGACAUUCGCAUGAAUCUCAGCUGGAACGAAGAGACCAAGAAGAUCUCUCUGCAUGCGCAUUACGACUUGAAUAUCUACGAGAAAGACAUUAAGUUGCGAAGAAUCAAGCGAAGAACAGAGGGUUCCGCAGCAGAUGCAGCAGCUGCCAGUAUUGAGUAUGAGGAUGUUGCAAUUCAGAGGGCUGAUAGGAUGCCUAAGAAGACGGUUUAUGUUAUCUAUUUGAAGGAAACCAUUGCUCAAGGAACCGAAUGCGAAUUGGAGAUACGAUUUAAUGGAGAGAUCUGGGAAAGUACAGAAGGCCUGUUCAAGGGUAGUUAUACCGAAGGAACAAAUGCUGAAAAGAAACACUAUUUGGCAACUUAUAUGAGGCCGCAUAAUGCACGAAGACUGUUUCCCUGUUUUGACGAACCUGGAUUUAAGGUCCCAUUCACAGUAAGCAUCUCAAGGCCUAAGACCUAUCAGACACGUUUUAAUACAUUGCCUUUGAAAACUGAGGAAAUAGCAAAUAACUACAUGGUGGAUUAUUUUGAAACAACACCAGCAAUGUCAUCGUUUACUUUCGGCUUUGUUAUAUCUCAACUUGAAAAGCUUACACCCAUGAAUCCUUUACCAGAAGAACGAAGACCACAAAUUAAUAUUUGGUCAAGGCCAGAAAUACGUGAAGAACUACAGGAAAUCUACACUAAACUAGUAACAGUUUAUGAUCACUUAGAAUCCUACUUCAAUGUCUCGGUUCCGUUGAGUAAAAUCGAUGUUUUGGCUAUUCCUGGAUUGUCAUCUGUGCGUCCUGCAGACAAUUGGGGUGUCUUAAUGUUCAAAGAAUCUGAACUUUUAAAAAAAGGAUAUUACGGUCUCUCUCAGGAGUUGAUUUAUCAAUGGCUUGGAUCUUGGGUGACUCCAUACUGGUGGAGUGAUGCACAUGUAAAUAAGGCUCUAGCGAGCUUUUUAGCAUCCUACACAGUAAUUGGUAUCGACAAUGGACUUGAAUUCAAUGGAAAAUAUCCAAUGACUGUUCUAUACUCGCUGUAUUACGAAUUCAGCAAACGUUAUCCACAUUCUCGCAUCACAGGAAUGAAACAGGAAACAACCUCAUUCAAAACGGAACUAGUCGUUCGAAUGCUCAAUUACACUUUGAGCAGUGAAACUUUCAAGACAGGCAUACGAAGAUUUAUAGCUGACCGGCAUUUUAGUACAUUCUUCGGCGAUGAUCUCUGGGAUGCCCUUACCAAACAAGCUCAUGAAGACAAGACUCUUGACCCAAGGUAUGCAAUCAAUGAAAUUGCUGGCUCAUGGAUCACUAAGGACCGUUUGCCAGUUGUGAAGAUCGAACGGAACUACAAGGAAAAAACAGCCAAAGUUGUGCAGAAGGUCUAUCUUCGUGAGCGACCACAUGACGUCCCCGAACAAGAUAAAAUGUUGUGGUGGAUUCCUUUAGUGUUGGUUACACAGGAUAACUUGGACUUCAACAACACAACACCUCAUGCUUGGAUGGAAAAAACCAGAGAACUGACGCUGAAAAAUCUCCCCGAGCAGGAUAAGUUCAUAAUUGUGAAUCCAGAGGAGAUCGGACCGUUCCCUGUAAAUUAUGAUGAGAAAAACUGGGAUUUACUGGCCAAGUUCCUUCAAACUGAAGAUGGACGAACAAAAAUACCAAUUUACACCAGAGCAAAAUUGCUUCACGAUGCUUGGAAUCUUGCCUACGCCGGGGAUCUAAGCUUCGCAACAGCUUUUGAUAUGACGCUCUUCAUGCAGAAUGAGCGGAACCAUAUAGCUUGGAAUCCAGUCUUUACUUUUAUCGAUCACAUCGGAAGACAUAUUGAUAUGUCAGCAGUCCACAAGAAGUUCGAGACUUACGUGAGAGUCCUACUGACACCACUUUAUGAAGAGUUGGGAAAACCAGUUGAAAACGAGGAGAACUGGAAAUCCGAUUUGAGAUCUUUGUCGAAGACUUUCCUCUGUCGGGCCGGCUAUAGACCGUGCAUUGAAGAAGCUCAGGAAGCUUUCAAACUUUGGAUGCAAAGUGAAAAACCAGAUGAAGGCAAUCCAGUUCCAAAUCAGUACAUUUGUCCGGUCUUUAAGUGGGGAACAAUGGAAGAGUGGGAAUUUGGUUUGCAGCGAGUGAUAAACUUUCCAAAAUCGAGGGUUCAAAGUGAAAGGACUUAUCUCCUGAAAACCCUUGCUGGCUGUCCCGUGCAGCACGAAAAGAUCGAACGGCUCUUGAAUAUAACAAUUUUGGAAGAAAAUGGAAACUUUACAGAAAACGAUAUCUUCUUGAUCUUCUCUAUGUUAACUGGAGGCUCAAGCGGGUAUAUGAGCUUGUUUAACUUUUUAUCCAACAAUUGGGUCGUCAUUCGACAGAGAUUCGAAAACAAAACAAAUCUGUGGGACAAUCUCAUCGGAUCAGCGACAGGUGUAUUCACCACACAAGAAGGCUAUGACAUGGUGAAGAAGCUUAAAGACGAACGUCGUGGUGAAUUCGGAAGUGCUGAACACAUUAUUGAUAGGAAUUUGAAAAACAUCAAAGAAGAAGCCAAGUGGAGCGAUGAGAAUUUGCCAGUUAUUGAAAAAUGGUUGGAUAAUUUCUUAAAAACUGUCAAUCAAAAUGAUAAUAAAUUUAUGGGAAAGUAGGGUUUAUUUUUAGAUACUUUUAAUUUUUUUUUUUUUGGAAUUCUCUGAGUACCUAAUGCCUAUAGAAUAUUUCGCUGGCUUAUUCAAUUAUGUACAUUAUGUUUCUUAUAAUUUUUUUUUAAACAAAUUAAGUAUUAGAAUGCAAUCUUGAAAAUAAAUAUUGAAAGUUCGUGUCA